ACGCAGAUCCUCCUCGGAUGUUAACCUCCGAAUCUCGUUCCCUCCAAACGUAUAGGCUACAUCAUUAUAGGAUAUCAAGCAUGCUGUCUGCUGGCACCAUUCCGAAACCUGAAAUCUCUCUAAGUACCAGUUUUCCUGGUGCCAACCAUUCCUGUUCACCACUAUGCCUACACAUGCUUCAUCAGCUAUCUUCAUUUCCUCCCCGCAUCCCGGAGAACCAGGUGAUACUCACGGCAUCCUGGAGCAGCUAGAACCGGAAAAGCCAACUCAAGGAAGGGGGCUCGCACUGGUCCGUGAAUUAGCCUUUCAGGCUCCUGAUGGGUUAAGUAUCUACAUUCAUGGAUUGAAGGAUAAGGGGAUACAAAUAUAUAACGCUGUGUUAUACCGGAAGAUUCUGAGCAGGCGAAGCCCUAGGACGUAUUCCUUGCAUUUCAUGGAACAUGCGGACCACGUUUAUACGGGUCUGCGUGCUGAACUCGUGCGGACUAUUGUGGGUUGGUGGGAUUGUCCUCUGAAGGAUAGACACCUGAUGAGCAUCUGGGUGGGACCAGAAGGAGACGUGAAGGCGAAAUUAUAACGUGCAGCGACAUGCAUGUAGUAUGCGUGUCAUAGGUCCUUUACUAUGAAUAGGUUCCGAUGAUGCUUA